UCUCUUUGCUCUGCAACAAUGAGGAGCCCUUGUUGCGUUAACAGAGGCAACAACAACAAGGGAGCGUGGUCGAAAGAAGAGGACCAGAAGCUCAUCGACUACAUCAGAGCGCAUGGCCGCGUCUGCUGGCGAUCGCUCCCCGAGGCUGCAGGUCUGCUUCGUUGCGGUAAGAGUUGCAGGCUGCGGUGGAUCAACUACCUUCGCCCCGAUGUCAAGAGGGGGAGGUUCGAGGAGGAUGAAGAGGACCUAAUCAUCAAGCUCCACGCUCUACUCGGUAACCGGUGGUCGUUGAUCGCCGGGAGACUGCCGGGGCGAACCGACAACGAGGUCAAGAACUACUGGAACUCUCAUCUGAGGAAGAAGCUGGCAAGCAUGGGUAUCGACCCUGACAACCACCGCGUGAUCCACAACGGACGGCUCCAUCGAUCUCACAGCUCCGGCAACGCGACUCGAUCGAGUAUCGACGACGCGACCAACGGGUUGCAGAACAACUCCAAGAAUGGAUUUCGUGAUGCUGAUGAUCUGAACCUUGACCUCACCAUCUCCCUUCCUUCUUCGCAAAGAACAGGUUCCGACCACCUCCAGAACACGGCCAGUCCUACGCUCCUCCUCUUUCCAUGACUUGAGAUUCCCACAACACUGAGAUAGUGCAGAGUGUAACGAUCACGUAGGUCCUAAGUUGAGAGUUCAGAAUCAUUGGUGUCAACUCCGAAUCAUGUAAAGAACCUGUGGGUAUUUGUUGUAUGAAUUUUAUCUUACUGUG